GUUAUCGCAAACAUGAAUAUAUUUCGACUGCUGGGCGAUCUGUCGCAUCUCCUAGCUAUUAUUAUACUUCUCGUCAAGAUAUGGAAGACGCGGAGCUGUGCCGGUAUCAGCGGCAAGUCGCAGGUCCUCUUCGCGAUUGUUUACACCACUCGUUAUCUAGAUCUGUUCAGCACUUAUAUUUCGGCGUACAACACGCUCAUGAAGAUCAUCUUCCUGACAACGUCAUUCAGUACGGUUUUCUUGAUGUACGUCAAGUUCAAAGCGACGUACGAUCAUAAUCACGACACAUUCAGAAUCGAGUUCUUGAUUUUACCAGCGUUUGUACUAGCUCUGUUGAUCAAUCACGAGUUAUCGUUUAUGGAGGUUUUAUGGACAUUCAGCAUUUAUUUAGAAUCGGUUGCGAUAUUGCCGCAACUGUUUCUGGUGUCGAAAACAGGCGAGGCAGAGAGCAUUACCAGCCAUUAUUUAUUCGCAUUGGGAUCUUACAGAGGAUUAUAUUUAUUUAACUGGAUUUACCGUUACUACACCGAGGAUCAUUACGAUUUUAUUGCUAUUGUUUCUGGAACGGCGCAAACAAUUCUUUAUUGUGACUUCUUCUACCUCUACAUUACCAAAGUACUCAAGGGCAAAAAGCUACAACUACCCGCUUAGCUUCGAAUGAGAGAGUAUUGUUCUCUUAUACUUUGGAGAAACAUACAACUGCCUGUUUACAUCAUCGCCAAUUCAAGAUACAUCUCGGCAAUCUUGGAAAACGCGAGAAACGCACAUUUUAUAUAGUGUACGUUUCUGCUAAAGUAAGCGAUGUCCGGCAGCAUUUUCCUCCUUUUGAACAGUUUCUUCCUCUCCCUCUCAUGUAUCAUCCCUUAUAUAUAUAUAAGUAACGCAUUACAACAUAUAGUGCUUUUACUUAGGGCGCUUACGCGCUUCGAGCGUCAGUCCAAAUUUGUUGCUCAUUAAAUGCGGAGAAAAAAAAAGAAAUGAAAGACGAAACCCCGAUUCUCGUAAGCGCCCAAAGGAAACGUACCCGUGCUGUUUUCUUUUUAGAACGAGAGAGAGAACUGAUGAGACAUGUUUCUCUGAGAGUUUCUUUCGUAUUUCUCAUUUCCAGAGACGUACAUUAUUACAAAACAAAAAAAAAAAAAAAAAAAAA